AUACAGUACGUGAAUAAUUUACAUGUGAGCAAACGGUGAUAAAUACCGUUUCUUGUGGUUUUACAUGCAGCAGAGUGUAUCAAGUCACUUGUGGAUUUAAUAUUUUGUGAUGUUUUCAUUUAUUUCUAAUAGUUUAAUAAAGUAAAUAUGCUAGGGUGAUAUAGUUUCUGAAUCAAGAAAUUAACUGUUGACUACACUUUAAACGAUUUAAUGUACAAAUAUAAAAGUCACCGGUGGAUUAACAGUUUACUCGGCAGUUUAAUACACUAGUAGUAAAAUGUGACAUCACCCCAGAGGAACUAUGGAUGAAGAAAAGACAAACAAUAGAGAUUUAUCAGAUAGUAAAGCAGGAGACAAAAAUGAAACACGCAGAGAAUUGGAGCAAGAAGAGGCAAACAAAAAAACUGAGAUGACAAAUGGAGGUGGUAAAGUUGAAGAGGAAAAUGUUGAAGAUGACUUGCAGAAUGAUGUGGCAAACAGAUCUAGUUCUCCACUUGUAACUGAUGAAGUAGAUAAUGAAAGAUAUGGUGACCUCACUAAAUAUAACGAUGAACAGUCAACGAAGGAUCACGUUAAAGUGUAUAUAGAGAUGGAUAAUGCUGAUGAUGAUGACGUAUCUGUGACAGGAAGUUAUAUAGAGCGAAUGUAUCCUAACAUGGGACUGAUAGACGAUGAACAUGAGCUCUCUAAACCAAGAACGACACCUGAGAGCAGACUACAUCGAGCACAGCUUCUUGUGAAAACAGUGGUAGAGCACAUGGCAUUCCGUAUAUUCACCAUUUUGUUGAUCAUUGUUGAAUUUGUGUUAGUGAUCAUAGAUCUUUCAAUGAACAGUGACGGUCAUAUUAAACAUCUAGAUCUAGCUUCUCAAAUCAUCAUCGGUUACUUCGUCCUUGAACUUAUAGCUAGAAUCUUCUAUAAAGGGGAGUUAUUCUUUCACUCGUGGAUGGAUAUACUUGAUAUGAUAGUUGUCAUAGCAACCUUUGUCAUUGACCUUGUCUUAAGUAACACCUCUGUACCAAGGUUAGGGGUGAUUGGUCGAGGUAUUAGAAUUCUCCGUAUUGUUCGAGGCAUUUACUUGAUAUCUCAACAGAGGAAACAUUUAGCUGUAGCAACUCGUAAAAUAGUGUCUCAGAAUAAACGUAGAUAUGUCAAAGAUGGCUUUGACCUUGAUCUCUGUUACAUCACAGAGAGAGUGAUAGCAAUGUCAUUCCCUUCUUCCGGUGUUCAGUCAAUGUAUAGAAAUAAUAUCAGGGAAGUGUCCAAGUUCUUUGAAGCAAAACACAAAGGGCAUUAUAAACUUUACAAUGCAUGUAGUGAACGUGACUAUGAUACUUCCUAUUUUGAUGAUAGAGUAGAGAGAAUAUAUAUUGAUGAUCACAAUGUCCCAGCUCUGAGGGAGAUGUUGAGAUUUUGUGAGAGUAUGCACGAGUUUCUAUCGGAGGACCCGGAAAAUGUUGUAGCCAUUCACUGUAAAGGUGGUAAGGGCCGCACAGGUACCUUGAUCUGUACGUGGCUUGUCGAGUGUGGGCAGUUUGAAGAAGCUCAGGACAGUUUAGAUUAUUUUGGAGAUAGACGUACAGAUCUGGACCAUGGUAAAACAUUCCAGGGAGUGGAGACACCUAGUCAGAGUCGUUAUGUAGGAUAUUUUGGUACAGUCAGGGGUAAACUGAAUGGCGUUCUUCCAAAAGAGAGGUUUAUCAGAAUAACAAGUGUACGCAUUCAUGCAAUAAAAGGUGUUGGUCUUGGAAAUGGGCGAGAUUUUAAGAUGGAAGUAUGGUGCCACAAGAAAUGUGUAUAUCGUGUAAAGUUUUACAAGGGAGAGAACACCACACUUAUUCACAAUGUCACAGAAGAUUAUAUUGAAGUAAAGUUACAGAAUUGUCCCCCUUUGUCGGAAGAUGUUAAAGUCCGGUUCCUCUCAAAGACAACAAACAUUCCCAAAGUGUAUGACAACUGUGCAUUCUAUUUCUGGUUCCAUACUGCUUUUGAAGAGAAAAGCCUGUAUCUACCCAGGGAUGAAAUCGACAACCCCCAUAAAAAGAAAGCUCAAAAAGUGUUCCGAGAAAAUUUCUCUGUUCAACUGACGUUUGAAAACUUUAAAGCAAAAGGGCCAAAGAUCAUUAUCAGCUGAUUGUAGUCCACUGUGAAUAUUUUUAUUACCUUGAUCAUCAACAGUAUUUAUAUAAAUCUUCAACAUUUUUUGUAUGGUUUAUCUGUGAAACUACUUAACUUCAUUACAAUUAAAUACUAAUCGUUUGAGUUGUAAGUGGGUGAGCAAAUUGAGUUAUCCAAGGUUUUGAGCAAUUAACACAUAAAAGAUAUAUUAAAAAAACAAAAUGAUUGAGGACUCUUUGAAUGACUUGUGUGAGCCCAGGUGCUGCAGCCAUCGAUGCUCGAGUGAUUGAUAUUUCACUGUUUAUCAAAAUUACUUUUAUGAAGCAUACUGAAUUAUAUGUUUGUCAAUUUAACAACGUUUUAAUCAUUUUCAUUUACUUAUUAGAACAAAGAAAUUCAGUGUUUUUAUCAACUUUUAAAGGAACAUAAUUGGUAGAGUGGUCAGGUAAAGUUUAUUUUUAUUAGGCCUUCUGUUCAUGCAGGUUUGAAACCUGGGUCACGUAGAAAAAACUUUUAUUCAUGUUAUGAAUAGAGACCUUUUAAUGAAUUUGCUGUAAAUUACAUUGUUUUCAAAUUAUAUUCACUAUUAAUAAAGCAUAUGAGCCGCGCCAUGAGAAAAUCAACAUAGUGCGUUUCCGACCAGCAUGAAAAUGAUCCAUGCUGUUCGCUUUCAAAGCCUAUUGCAAUUAGAGAAACUGUUAGCAAACAGCACAGAUCUUGACCAGACUGCGUGGAUGCGCAGGCUGGUCUGGGUCCAUGCUUGUCGCAAACGCACUAUGUUGGUUUUCUCAUGGCACGGCUCAUAUUAUACUAACUUACUUUAAUGGGGAAAAUGGUAUUUAUGUAUUGAAAUAUUAGAAAAGUUUCACUAGUCAAGACUUCCCAUGCAUUGAUAUAUGUGGUGGUAAAAAGUGUGUCUAUAUUAUGAUUAAUUGUAAUGAAUGAUGGUUCCAAUAUAAAGUUCAGCAGAUAUUUAUUUUUUUUAGAAUAUUUUAUGAGAUCAGACAUUAGGCAAAAGACUGUUUUUGGUUGAGUAUGUGCCUUCUGGAAAUCAGAUGUUACAUUGUACAUUAAUCCAUUAAUAUAUCGUCACCUUAGCGCAAAAAGUGAGUAAGUCCUUCUUUAUGUCAGUGCAGUUAUCCGCUUCUUGUGUUGAGGUGGCGGUAUUUCAGUUUGUUUCUGAUACUCAAAACAGAGCCUUUCUCACUGAUUUCUUGCCAGAACAUAAUCACAUUAAAAAAAAAAGAAAAAUCUUGUUUUUAUAUUAUUUUUAAUUUUUUUCAAAAUUAUUUUACCCAGAAUGUGGAAUUUUACUAUAGGAAAUGUGUAAUCAAAAUACAAAAAAUGUUGAAAAGUGCCUAUCAUCAUCCGUUAUGUUAUUAGAACAUCGAGUAUGAAAAUGAACUGACCAAUAAACAUUGAUAUGAAAUAUAAAAAUAAUUGUUAUCACAUUAAUAAUUUUGUGUUCAGAGCUAAAAAUCAUUUACCAGUAUUUAAUAUUACUAGACACCCAUAUUUAAAAUUACUUGGUUAAACCACUCCCUGAGAGAAAUUGUUGGAUGUGUUUUAUGUUAGUAUGCAAAUAUGCAUCAUAUUGUAGUAACAUACAUAUGUUUUAUACAUCAUUUGUAAAAUGCUUUAAAAAUGUAUGAUAUUAUUACUGUUUGCUUAGAAAACAGCAAAAUUUUGUUAUAUUUUAGAUCUCGUCAUUUUAUAUUUAUAUGUUACGGUUGUAUUUCCUUUAAGGUUUAAAAAGUUAUCUGUUGCUAUAAUUUACACUGCUUAACACCAUACAUCAUUUUAUAUUAAAUUCAAUUUUAUGUGUUAUGUUUGUAUUUCCUUAAAAGUUUGUGUUAAAAGUUAUUUGUUUAUACAAUUUACGCUGCUUAACACAAAAUGAAGAUAGUAUAAUAUGUGUGAUAGUUAUGAAUAUUUACCAGAAAGUGAUUUUCCAAUUAAUUAAUUAAUUAAUUGAUCAGUUAAUUAGGUAAUUAUUAAUUAAAUGUUAACAAGCAAUAAAAACAAAGAUUAAGUGUAAAUUAUUCAAACUACAUGUAGAUUAAAUAUUGUAGAUAAUGAUUUUGUAAGUCUGUAAAGUGCUCUUUAUUUUUGCCAAGCAGUAUAUUUGUAAAAGUUGCUCAGUGUUUUUACUUGUCUCCAUACAUAUACAGAAACCUAGCUUCCAUACUUUUCUAUAAAACUUGUUCAGACUUAACUUCUUACUUAUGUUUAAAUGUGAAAGGUUUCCAAAGGAUCUCAUGGAUUUUAUUAAUUAUCACAACAGCAGUGUUAAAGUGCCGUGUGGUGGCUGUAAAAAGUCUCCCCGUACUUGGAUUCAGUGUUGUAAUAUUUUCUGGUCCUUUUGAUCAUGGAGUCCACUCAAUGUUCAUAGUGAAUAGAGUUCCGCUAAAGCCGGUGCUAGGGGGCGUGAGGGGUGUUGCACUUUCCACUACCUCUCAUGAACAGACUCGAUCAAACUGAGUCUGCUAGGGGGCGUGAGGGGUGUUGCACUUUCCACUACCUCUCAUGAACAGACACAAUCAAACUGAGUCUGCUAGGGGGCGUGAGGGGUGUUGCACUUUCCACUACCUCUCAUGAAUAGACUCAAUCAAACUGAGUCUGCUAGGGGGCGUGAGAGGUGUUGCACUUUCCACUACCUCUCAUGAACAGACACAAUCAAACUGAGUCUGCUAGGGGGCGUGAGGGAUGUUGCACUUUCCACUACCUCUCAUGAAUAGACUCAAUCAAACUGAGUCUGCUAGGGGGCGUGAGAGGUGUUGCACUUUCCACUACCUCUCAUGAACAGACACAAUCAAACUGAGUCUGCUAGGGGGCGUGAGGGGUGUUGCACUUUCCACUACCUCUCAUGAAUAGACUCAAUCAAACUGAGACUGCUAGGGGGUGUGAGAGGUGUUGCACUUUCCACUACCUCUCAUGAACAGACUCAAUCAAACGGAGUCUGCUAGGAGGCGUGAGGGUUUUUGUACUUUCCACUACCUCUCAUGAACAGACUCGAUCAAACUGAGUCUGCUAUUAUUGUGCUUGGUUGCAUUCUGUGCUUCCAAAGAAUGAUUUUGUUAAUAGGUAUCAUUCUUUAUCAAUACAACAUGCAAAGAAACUAGUUUAAUUUGGGGUUUACAAUGGACAGUAGCUAAAAGUGUUUUUUUCCAAGACAAAGUGUGUUGUAUCAUUCACUUUUUAUAUGGUUCUUUGUUGCAUUUAUCUUAAUUUUUGUGCGUAAAGUGGAAUUUUAAAAUUGAAAUGUUGUCUAUUACUAGUGAAAAGGUUGUUCCCAUUAAGUUCAGGGAUUUAUGUUUUAAAUGUUACAUUUUUGUUUCUAGUAUUUUUCGGUAUUGUGGGUGCAAGAUCUAUGAAUAAAUCUGUUCUGUGAUAUUAAACAUAAUAUGACAUAAGUUAUACAAGGUAUAACACACAUUUUUACAUAUUUUUAGCUCACCUGUCACAUAGUGACAAGGUGAGCUUUUGUGAUCACCCUUCGUCCGUCGUGUGUCCAUCCAUGCGUCCGUCUGUCCGUCAUGGGUUCCAGAGUUAUGGCCCCUGAAAGGACCAGAAUUAGCUAUUUUGCCCUUGUCUGCACAAUAGCAGCUUCAUUUAUGAUUUGAAUUUAAUCAAACUUGCACAAAACUUGUGUUGCCAUAAGAUCUCAGUUCCUUUGUUGAACCGGCCAGAUCCCCUAAUGGGAUCCAGAGUUAUGGCCCCUGAAAGGGCCAAAAUUAGCUAUUUUGACCUUGUCUGCACAAUAGCAACUUCAUUUAUGAUUUGAUUUUAACCAAACUUGCACACAACUUGUAUCACCACAAGAUCUUGGUUCCUUUCUUAAACUGGCCAGAUUCCAUCGUGGGUUCCAGAGUUAUGGCCCCUUAAAUGUCCAAAAUUGGCUAUUUUGGCUUUUGCAGCCAUAUAGAAACUUCAUUUAUGGUUUUAUUUGAUACAAACUUCCACAAUAUCUUCAACAACAAUAAAUCUUGGAUUCCAUGACAAAUGAGAUCCAAUCGUAGUUUCCAGUUAUUUUAUAUCUGAUUACCUCCCCUGAUUGUAGUCAAAAUGGAUUUAUAUCAGUAAGUACUUACAGGACUUAUUUGAAAUUUCAUUAUUGUCAUUAGUUGGACCGAGCCAAUCAGGGUAGAUAACUAUGGACUGAUUUUAUGUCAGAUUACCUCCCUUUAUUUCAAAUUAAAAUAGGUAUAUCUCCGUAACUAAUGAAGAUACUGAUCUGAAAUUUCAUUUAUGUUAACAGAUUUAUUUGGCAGAUCCUUCUUUUGUUAACUUACAAUAAUUUUCUUUUUAAUUACUUCCCUUUUACGUUACUAUAAAUAGCCUAUUUUUAGUAACUUUUUUAUUAUUGGCCGUAGGGAAAAACCGAGACCACUUUUCUGUGGUACAACAUGGAUGGUACCUCCAAUUUUUAGAUGUAUUUUGACAUAUCUGUACCUUGUAAGAAUUUUCUUUUUCUUUUUGGUUAAAUUUCUUUCCUUUGUUGUUCCUGUCCUUUGGACCUGGAUAUUUUUUCUGAGGACCUUCUUGUCCUCAAGUGCAAUGAUAACAGGUGAGCGAUAUAGGGCCAUCAUGGCCCUCUUGUUUUAUUUAUAAUAAGAACAUUAUAUUACUUGCUUCCAGAUUUUAUAUUUCAUUUUGCAUUGUGUAUCAAGGUAUUGACAUUUUAUUGGUUAAUACAUAGGGCUGUCAUUGAUUGAAAGAUUUUAAUUGAUUUGUGCAUGACUAACGGAUACGUAGAUAUAUAAAUUGAUUUGUGUAUGACUUGCAGGUAUAUAAAUCAAGUAUUAGGCCUACAGUUACAAAGUUAAGAAAGUUUAACAGUUUUAUCUACAGUCUAAGCUCGCUAUCUUGAAUUCCAAGAGCAUUUAAGUUGAGAUAACUGAAAUUUGACUUAUAAUGAUAUUUUCAGAACUUGAAAAUGUAGUCGAGAUAGCCAGAAUUUUGAGAUAUGAGAAUUAGAAUUAUUUAGUAUCAACUACACUUGAGUUUUCACUGAAUAUUUUUAUUGCAGUUUUAUUCAUUUCCUUUAAUUAUAUCCUGAAGUUCUAUAACAUUUUCAUAUUGACAAUACAUUGGUAUCUCAGUUAACAUUGCAGUCCAUGGAAUCAUUAAUGAGGGAUUUUUUGGUAGCAUUAAUGAAUGAAAUCAAAUCACAUUGAGAAAAUAAAUUUUCUAAACUUAAAAUCCAAAAAUUCCUAACAACGAAACUGUCUCCCAGAAAUAUCAGUGAUAUCACAGUAAAUAUUGAAGGUAAUAGUGAUAAAACUACUGGAACAGCAUUAGAUAUAUGUUAAUAUUGUAUUGUCUUCGGAAUUUGAGGGAACAUUUUUUAUUGUCAGUUCUGUUGGGAAUAUUCAACAUUCCGGCUGAAUAUCCAGGCAACAUUCAACAUAUUUGGUUAGCUGAAUAGCCUGAGUAACAUUCAGCAUUUCUGUUCAGCUGAAAAACCUGGGAACAUUCAACAUUUCUGUUCUUCUGAAAAGCCUGGGAACAUUCAACAUUUCUGUUCAGCUGAAUAGCUUGGGAACAUUCAACAUUUCUGUUCAGCUGAAAAGCCUGGGAACAGUCAACAUUUCUGUUCAGCUGAAUAGCUUGGGAACAUUCAACAUUUCUGUUCAGCUGAAUAGCUUGGGAACAUUCAACAUUUCUGUUCAGCUGAAAAGCCUGGGAACAGUCAACAUUUCUGUUCAGCUGAAUAGCUUGGGAACAUUCAACAUUUCUGUUCAGCUGAAUAGCUUGGGAACAUUCAACAUUUCUGUUCAGCUGAAUAGCUUGGGAACAUUCAACAUUUCUGUUCAGCUGAAAAGCCUGGGAACAGUCAACAUUUCUGUUCAGCUGAAUAGCUUGGGAACAUUCAACAUUUCUGUUCAGCUGAAUAGCUUGGGAACAUUCAACAUUUCUGUUCAGCUGAAAAGCCUGGGAACAGUCAACAUUUCUGUUCAGCUGAAUCGCUUGGGAACAUUCAACAUUUCUGUUCAGCUGAAUCGCUUGGGAACAUUCAGCAUUUCUGUUCAGCUGAAUUGCUUGGGACCAUUCAACAUUUCUGUUCAGCUGAUAGCCUUGGAACAUUUAAGAUUUCUCUUCAGCUAAAUAGCCUGGGUACACUCAACAUUUCUGUUCAGCUGAAUAGCCUGGGAACAUCAUCUGAGUAGCCUUCGAAGAUUGACCUCUCUAGAGGGAAUAUCAGUGUUUACACCUGGAUGUGUUUGUUGUACAGAGGUUGUUUUUUUUGGAGAGUUUAACUGACUACAAGUUUUGUUUAAUUUCAAGAGAAAAUAUCUUUUUUAGGAGGGAUUUGCUUCUGGGAGAUGAUGUCAAGAGAGGUUUUACUGCACAUAUGUUGUACUCUCAGGCAACAGCAGCAGAAGUUUUACUGUAUGUAUGUUUUACUUGCUGGUGGCAUUAAUACCUUAAAGGCUGUUGAGAUGUUUGUUAUUUAAUUAACUACUUUAAAUGUUGGCAUAUGAUGCCGUUUUACUGUACACCUUUACAAUUGGACAUGCAUUAUUUUUUUUAAUUAUCUCUCUUUUAGAGGCAUUGUAUAGACUAAGUACUAGAGACCGAAGUAAUCUACUUAUUCAUCCUAGGAUGUGAUGCGACAUCUUCACAUAAUUUUGACAUUUUGUUUUCAGAGAAGUGCCAAGUGGUUCUGGGACAAUUUGUGUGUGAAAUGAAUUGGAAUCAUUGUUUUACUUACUAGUAUUUUCUUUGAUGAUAACGUCUUUUUGGUCACGGCCAUUACGGAUUUUAGUAGAUCUGCUUAUUUUUGCGUGAUAAUGAGAGGUGAUUAAUAGGGACUGAACACUUAAGGUUUGCUGUAACACAAUUUAAAAAAGUUUUAAUUCCAUACCUCAUAUCAUUAUAGUAUUUUGUAACACAGUUGAAAUUGUUUUGAUUCCAUACCUCAUAUUUUUAUUUUGAUGCAAGUGAGAUACGAAACCAAAAUAUUUAGACCUGUUUGUCUAAAAUUGUACUGUGUUUGUGCGCUGUAAAAGUCAACAAUAACUACAGAUCAAGGUAGAUUUUCUUGAUCUGCAUUGAUAAAUACUCGACGAUUCACUUUCUAAAUCAUCUGUUUCUGUAAUAUAAAUGUAAUAUCUUGUUUACCCUUACUUUUGAAACAAACUGCUGUAAAAUCAUUUAAUUUCUUGUGCACAAAAUUCUAUGAUUUGGGUCAAAAUGUUUUUUUUUCCCAGGGAUAUAAAUUCCUGGGUUUUUUUAAUUUUAAUGUUAAUUUGAUAGGGAUUUGAGAAUGAAUUUGAUAGAUUGAAUCAACUGUAAAAUUAAUCCCCUACAAAAAUAAACAAUUUUGCAGUAUCUUAAUUACAUCAAUAGCAUGGCUUUGUAAGUGAUGUACCUUGCAGGUAUACUUAUAGGUACAUAUAGGCCCAACGUGUAUUACUGAUUGCUGAUAAGUGUUUAUACCAGAGACAAGAAUUUUCGUUCUUUGCAAUCAGAGACAACAGUUCUCUCCAAAAUUCAUAUAAUGUGUUCCAAAAAAAAAAAAACGAACAAGUUUUGUAAAAAAAUACUUUUGUAAUCAUAUUGUUUUAUGUCUUUGAAAAGUUAUGAUACUAGCUCUAUGUUAUAUUUCAACACGGAUAUAUGAAUGUUGCUAUGGUAACACAUAAUGGUAUCAGGACUAUGUCACAAUUAAAUUUAAUAUUAUUAGUGCCAAGCUAGAUUGUAGAUACUGUAUAGCAGAUCAUUUACUUUGUAACGUUAGAAACAAUGUUAUAUGGUUCACAUCAUCUACUUAAAACAUUUGAACCUGCUGGGAAAACAGAUCUUUGAUACAAGUGUAUGUUCAUAAAAUGCAAGAACUUCUAGAUAAUUAUUUCUAUAUUUUAUGAAAUCGGACAAGAUCAUUGUACCAUAGAGCUUGCUGGACAAUGUAGAUUAUAUACUUGAACACGUAUCACAGGUAUUUUCAUUUUUAAAGGUGACCUUGACAUCAAGAUAUUUUACUUAUUUUUAUGUAAAUUAAUAUUGAAAAAUAAAUAUACUGAACUA